AUGAGCUUGAGGAUGGAACUAUGCCCAACAAACGACUCUAGGUUGGUGCAAUGGUGGUCAGAAGCCAGAAAGCGAAUACACAAGAAGACCCGAAAAGGAUUUUACACAUUUGUAAUGCUUAUCUGCUGGACAUUAUGGAAGCAGAGGAAUGCGAGGGUGUUCGGAAUGGGCCAGAUCAAGAACGAGUGGGAUACGGUGGACAUGAUCUUCGACGACUUGAGGAAUUGGGCCACGGCAGGAGCGCUUGGAGGACAAAUUGUAUCUGAGUAG